AUGGGGAACAUGAUUAGUGUCCUGGGGGUGAAGCGUCAGCGGAAGCGUCAGUGCAGCGCCAGGCAGUGUCAGCCUGUGCCAGCCUGCUCCCGGCCGCGCUUCCUCAGACCGCUUAGUGCGAAGACCCGUGGGCAAAGACUGAGCGAGGGGCAGGACAGCGAGGCCCAGGGACAUGCGAGUGGCAGGGGAACAGCGAGGGUAGGGUUCCACACUCCCUUUGGCUCCACGGUGGUCCUCCUUCACCAACUACCCUGGCCAGUCACACCACAGAAACAAGUUCCCCACUCCCUUUGGCUCCAUGUUGAUCCUCCUUCACCAACUACCUUGCUCAGGCUGAAUUCAGGUGGUGGUAAGCCUUGGUGGAAGGAACACUCUGCUGGUGGACUCAAGAGGAACAUCCAACCUCAUACCAACAAUCCUUGCAACAUGCUUCAUGUUCUACAACUACUCUGUAUUAAAGCUACACAUUUCUUCUUGUCUGCUGCAAUCCACAAGUCCACUGCCUUGCUCUGCCAAUGUCACAACCAUGAUUCCCUGCUCAAUGGAAACUCCACUCCUCCAUGCAAUGCUAACUUGCCAAGUCCUUCUCUCAUCAAAGGAACCUUCAGUGCCAAGUCCAACUUGUUCAUCCUUGCGCAGGCAGUGGACCCAAGAGUGAACCUUCCACCAAGCAUCAUGUCCUCAAACCAAACUCCUUUGUAUUCAACCAACACUUGUGACAAAGUAUUUCAAUGUCAUGCCCUUUCAUCUGUAACUACUGAAAGACUUACCAAUAAAGACCAAUCCACUUCACCUCUUGUCUCUGUGCCUGGUUCCUCUUUAGUCCAUGCAAACUCCAUGUAA